AUGUCCAACCCAAGGAAUUCCUCUUCCUCCUCGGAUGCCGCCUCCAUCAUGAGUAGCUCCACCGCAAAGUCGACCACCAGUCUCCUCAAGAAGGUCUUCCGCCGGGAUUCUUCCGCCAAGCCUCCUAUGACCGACGCACAGGUUGCAGAGGCUCAGCGGGAGCGCGAGAACAAGGCCAACUAUAUGACCGCCGCUGCCACCUACGCGUCGCUUCGCUAG